UCGUUAGGAAAAAGUUGUGAGGACCGAUCUGGUAAACCAACAACUGUUGAUAAGGGGAGUUGAAAGAGAGAAGAAAAGCAAACGCUAACGAAGCGUUUGGUAUCCUUUGUCCUUUGGCUUUCUUAUGUUAGGAAAACAAUGAAAGCCAUUUUGACCCUUUUCAAUUUUGUUUGGUUUUUGUAAUUAAGGUUCAUUUUUUUCCUCUUUGUGGGUGUUUGUCUCCCAUUACCACGUACCUUGGGUCAUGCAUUCAACAGAAUUGAAAGACCGUACAAAGAGAAGCAUGAGAACGAGCAAAAGCCAAAUUUAUGAUUCUUCUUCCAUUGAAAUCGACCCCUCCCCUCCCAAUUCCACUCCUAAAAGGAGUUAUCAAGUUUGGAAAGGAAAUAAUAAAUUUUGUUGUGGAGGAAGAAUUAUACUUGGCCCCGAUGCUUCAUCACUUUUCUUAACGUCGUUUUUGAUUGGAUGCCCUGCAAUUGCCUUCUGUAUAAAGAUGGCGUUGCAUAUCAAGCCCCAAGAUACAAUUUUUAACCAUCAAAUAUUGCUUGGGGGACUCAUCCUCACUGUUUUGGAUUUAGGUUUUUUAUUUCUGACAAGCUUUGGAGAUCCUGGAAUAAUACCCAGAAAUACAAAACCACCAGAAUCAUCAUCAGAUGAUGAUGAUCUGUGCAAGUCAACCUCAUUUGAUUGGGCGAAUGGUAAGACUGGAACCCUGAGACUACCGAGGAUUAAGGAAGUGAAAUUGGAGACGGGUGAAACGGUUCAAGUCAAGUUUUGUGAAACUUGCUUGUUAUAUCGAUCCCCCCGUGCCUCUCACUGCUCCAUUUGCAACAAUUGCGUCCAGAGGUUUGACCACCAUUGUCCAUGGGUCGGUCAAUGCAUCGGAGCUCGCAACUACUCAUUCUUCAUUUGUUUCAUAUCAUCAUCCACUGCCUUGUGCAUAUACGUCUUCACGUGCUCUUGGGUGAAUAUUCUUCGACAACGCACGAGCUUCUGGACUGCCAUAUCUCGUGAUAUACUAUCAGUUAUUCUUAUACUCUAUUGCUUCAUUGUCGUCUGGUUUGUUGGUGGCCUUACAGUUUUCCAUUUCUACCUCAUUUCCACUAAUCAGACAACGUAUGAGAGCUUCCGGUAUCGGUAUGAUAGGAAGGAAAACCCAUUCAACAAAGGCAUAUUGAGCAACUUCAGACAAGUACUGUUUUCAAAAAUCUCACCUUCGUUGAUCAAUCUCAGAGCAUGGACAUCAGAAGAUGACACCGGGCUUUCAGUUAUAGAUGACAAUGGAGACAGCGAGACUGGUUCCAAAAAUUUUGACGUAGAAUUGGGAGUUCCCAAGCUUUUGCAGAAGAUCGACUUUGAUGGUUUCGAUAAUAAGCCUUCGAAUUCCAAGAACCAAGAUUUUCAUGAUCAAACUAAAUUUGGUAUAGCUUAAUUAUUACAAUCACCAAACCAAUUAGAUUAUAAAUCAACCAAGUUUCAAUGAACCGUUUUCCG